AUGAAGAAAAUGGAUUAUCCCGAAGAAAUUGCCGAGGCGCGAAAAGCUGUUCCAACUCCGACAGAAAAACUGUUGAAUUCAAAUGAGCUGUUGUCCCCGUGUUUGUUAUCCUAUCAUAUGUCAAAACAAACCGUUUUUGUUCUAAUUAAACACCCGCUUGUUUGCGGUUGGAAGAAGCUUCACAAAGUAAAUCAAGAACGUGGUUUUCGGAGUAAAUAA